AUGCAGCAGGAAGAGCAGGAGGAGUCUGCGGAGAGAGAAGGAGAACACAUCAUCAUCACACAUUUUGGAGAUAAUACAUCUCUAAAGGCACCCUUAUUAUCUGAUAAACAAGAAGUAGAAGGUAUAGAAGAGAGUCAUGAAGCAUCAUUGAAGGAGUCUAUUAUGGAUAAUCUUACGUAUAUGUUCGAUUUCUUUACUGAUGUUGAGAAUAAUAAUGGUUAUGAUGAUGAUAGAGGAUGUAUUGUAUCUGGUGAUACGGGUGAUACUACUACUACACAUGAGUCUUAUCUUAUACAAGGAUUAGAUGCUAAUUAUGAUAAGAUAGUACAAGCUUUCUAUAUAGUAUUGUUGGCUUAUUUUGCUGCCGAAGAUGUUGAAAUGUUUGUAUCAUUUGUGGGUACUUUCUGUUCUAUACCUCUUGCAUUUAUCCUACCUGCAAUACUACAUAAACGCCUUGUUGGGGGUAAUCAUAAUAUUAAUACGUCAAUACUCAACUCUAUUGUCCGUCUAAUCAUCAGGUACAACAGUAUAAAGAGUAUCGUUACUGUCAAGAAUGUGUAUUGA